ACACAGAUGUGUCUGGAAAUAUAAUUGGUGUUUCCAUUGUAACUGUCCCUGGGUCCUGCAAUGGAGCAGAAGUGGAAGAUGUGGAUCUGGAAGUGUUUAACACAACUGUGCACCUAAUGCAGCCAGCCCUGGCAUCAGCGCCAGAGACAGCAGCAUUUAUUGAGCGGUUGGAACAUGAACAGGCCCAGAAAGCGAAAAACCCGCAGGAGCAGAAGUCAUUUAUUGCAAAAUAUGAACUAUCAGCUCUGGAGAUGUGCCAAGAACUGCUUCAGGCAAACAAAUAUGUGGUGCCAUCGAACAUUGUCAUCUUUAACUCGCUGGGCGAAGGCAUUGGACUUGAUCACGCGAAAGAUCCCCGCUCGUCGAUCCUCCCAUUGCAAGAUGUCACGGUUCUCCAUGGGGUUCAGCAGCAAAUCCCGGACAAACUCCCACAGCCAGUGGGUGGAGCGUCGGAGGGAGAUGCAAGUCGCUGAAGAGGCGUGCGCCCAGCUCGAGGAUGAACUGCUCUUUUGUGAGGAUUGCCGGCUUUACUUCCGAGACUCCUGCCCGCACCAUGGUACGCCGACAUUCGUGUCCGACAGGCUGGUACCAGAGCGUAUGCCGUCCCGGGCCCUGCUGACCCUGCCGGAAGGCCUUGCCGUCAAAGAGCGGCCACAGGGUGGGCUCGGCGUCUGGUGUACCCUGCCUGCGAUCCCACGGGGCUGUAUCUUUGGGCCAUUCGAUGGGGAUAUCCUGAUGGACAAGAACGAUUGUACUGUCUUCUCUUGGGCGCUGCGAGAAAAUGGAUCCUAUUAUUAUGUGGACGCUUCCGAUGAGUCGAAGGCCAACUGGAUGAGGUAUGUGGCAUGUGCUUCAAGCGAUGAGGAACAUAAUCUGACUGUCUUUCAGUACCGCAGUAAAAUCUACUACCGGGUGUGUCAGAUGAUUGCCGCUGGAGCAGAGCUGCUGGUGUGGAUCGGAGAAGAGUAUGCCAGGACGCUUGGGCUAAAAUUGGGUGAACAUUUCAAGUAUGAGUUCGGCGAGAAGGAGCUGCUGAUGAAGCUAUUUCAAGACCUCCAAAGCAAAGUUACUGAUGGAAUCUCAAACCACAUUAACCCCCAUGACCAAUACAAUUGCAGCGACCUGGUAGCCUCCAUCAUCCAUGCUCACAAGGCCAACCUGCAGAGCAGUGGGAUCUGCCACAUGAACAGGGAUGCCCCAGGCACCAUGCUAGAAGGAACUCAGAACCUGGUGAGUCUUGGCCGGGCGCAAAGUCGCUAUUGGACCUUCUUUGGUUUCCAGGGAGAUGCCUUGGGACGCAUCCUGGACAAGACUAAAAUCAUUUGCAAGCUGUGCGGUGUCCGGUUAUCGUACAGUGGCAACACGACCAAUCUGAGGCAGCACCUGAUUUACAAGCACAGGCAUGAAUACAACGAGCUGGUUGGAGGCACCUCUGUACCACAGAAAGGAGUAGAUACGUACCCCCAAGACUUUUCAUCCAGAACCGUGACAGGGGUAACGCCUCCUGUCGGGAGGACGACUAGGGCGAUCUCAGAUUUCAUUGUGGCUGAUCUUCUGCCCCUGAAGACCAUAGAGGGAGAGGGUUUUGUCCAGAUGAUGAGUGUGUUGGAGCCCACCUACAAGAUUCCCACCGUAAACUUCUUUGCGCAGGCUGUCUUACAGGACAUGCACGCCCAAGUGAAGCUGAGGGUGAUGGACUCCAUGAAGUUGCUGCAGCACUGUGCAGUCAGCAUUGACCUUUGGAAGCAUGAAUGUGCUCGGUCUUACGUCACAGUUAUUGUCCACCACAUUGACGGUGCCUUCGACUUCAAACACCGGGUGCUCUCGACCCGCCCUGUAACCGAGGAAACCACAGCAGAGAACAUCAAAGUGGCUCUCUUGGAAAUCGCCAACGAGUGGGGUAUCAGAGAACGGACAUCGUACGCCGUCAUGGUUAGCAAUGUUGAUGUCAGGCUGGCCGCUUCCAAGGCGGGGUGGAAGACCCUGCCCUGCAUUGGCCACGUGCUGCAGAACUGCGUUGACUCGGCCUUGCAGCAGCCUUCGGUUCUCCGGGUGCUAUCUCGCUGCAAGAGGCUGAUAGAGUGCAUUUUCUCCUUGCCUUCGUUAAGCGACAAGCUGGGCUCCAGUGAGCCGUUCUUGAAGGUCCAGUCCAAGAUGUUCCUCUCUGGCAGCAUGAAAUGGUACAGCACGCACAGUGUACUGCAGAGCUUGCAGGAACACCGGCAUUUCCUCGAUGGCCUGAGCGAGAGCCUCCAGGAAAAAGGCUUGGCACUGAGGCCGGACGAUUGGCAAGUGGUCAGCGAGAUUGUGGACAUCUUGAAGCCGCUGGCCAUUGCUACCUCCACGUUCACCAAGGAGCGUUUCUCCAGCUUAUCGCUGGUGAAGCCAGUGAUCACCAGCCUGGUGUACAAGCAUUUGGCUGCCAACGAGAGUGACUCAGAGAUGGCCCAUGAUAUUAAGCACACCAUCUGCACAGACCUCAAUCAGUGGUAUUCCGACCGGGAAGUCAACCAGAUCCUCAACUUGGCCUGUGCGCUGGACCCACGUUUCCGAGGCCUGGACUUCCUCAGCCAGGCGGAGCGGGUGGAGACCCUUCAUGUCCUCAAGCGUGAGGCGGCCGAGCUGGCGCAGUUGCAUCCGCUGGUAGGCGGCCGGUUCGGCCCGGAGCCACCCAGCGCUGGCCCUGACGUGGCCAAGAAGCCUAAGCAUGACUCGGGCAUUGAGUUCCUCCUGGGGGACCUGUGCAACGUCAGGAGUGCAUCGGUCAACUCGGUCAACCAGCAGGCUGAACAGGAGAUCAGCAACUUCCAGACCAGUGAGGCCUCCUCUCUCUGUCAGGACCCACUCCAGUGGUGGAAGACGCACCACACCCAGUACCCGCUCCUCGCCAAUGCAGCAAGGAAGCUGCUCGCUGUCCCAGCAACAGUGGUGCCAGCCAACUGGAUAUUCACAGAGGCAGGGCAUGGCAUUUAUAGCAAACGCUCAGCUCUUGCUCCCGAACACGUGGACAUGCUCGUGUUUAUGCACGGAAAUCAUAAAACUGCUUAGUGUGUGUGUGUGCGUGUGUGUGAGUGUGAUCUAGGGGAUGAAUCUAAUAUAUUCUUGAACCUGCCUCCUCUUCUGGCUAUGAAGGAUAGGGAGGAGAAAUUUUCUUGUAUUUGCUGGUCUGCUCCCCAAAUCUGUGUGAUUUGAAGGCAGGAAGGGGGCACCUGCCCAUACUUAUUAUUGAGAAUGUGAAUCCCAUACUGGGUAGUUCCAGCUGUGAAAGAGGGAGAGAUCUUAGCAUGUAAACAGUCACAUGGUAGUACAGAACUUGAAUAUGUUUGAAAAGAGAGACAUGUUGCUGAAGCUUUUCGUUUUGCACUCAGCAGGACAAGUGCAAAAAUGCCAAAUUUCAAACGAGCACAAUUACUUAUACUGCAGGAGAUGAUGAUGCUGAUUGGCUGGCAAGUUGACUCCGCUUGGCGUUGCCGCGGAGAAAGCAACAGAGAACUAAGCUCUCCAAGCUCCCGGAUAAUUCAAAAAAAGGCUUGAACAUAUUCCUUUUUGCAGAGAAUGGGUCCCUGUGUAUUAAUCUCUGUCGCUCCUAGCAAGCGUAAAUGAGCCAAGUUACGAGCUAAACUGUUCAUCUUAAAUUGGUUGUUAGUGUAGCUAUUAGCGCAUUCAGGUUUGUUUGGUAAGUGCUGUCCAUUCGCGGAAACACAUCUAACAGUAGACUCAAAGCCUAGACAACAUGUCUUUCUUUUGCAGUAUUCAAGUUCUGGAUUAUUUCAGCUGCCAUGGGUCUGUCUCAAUUACUCAGGUCAGCCAGGGUGGGUUUGCUCCCGGUGCCUAUUCCUUUCCAGCUGUGGUGAGUCUGGCUGCCUUCAUUAAUUUUCCGCAGUAAUGCAGCUUGCCCCAUGUCGUCCAUUCUGGUAAUGCAGGUCAUCCUGUGUUCCCUCAUCUGUUCCAGUAAUGCUGGUCUCAUCGCAUUGCCUAAUCCAUUAUAUCUACGAUGGGACUGUCUGCAUUCUCUUCUAGUGCAUCGAAUUUAAAAUGAAUCAGAUUUUUAUUUAAAAUGAAACCAUAUAACAGUGGGCCAGAACACAGUGCAAGUUACACUCUGGCUGCUUCCAAAGAUAAUGUCACUUUGCUCAUUUAACAUCUAAUAUAUUCUAUUUAUUUAUCUUAUUUAUUAAAUAUAUUUAUAUACAAGAGAUUAAAUGAACUCAGAAAUAUGAUGAUGAGAAGAUUCAGCACAAGGGGCUAGUGUGGGAAUGACACAAAAUAUUUAGCAAUUUAAGAUCUAUAAGAAUGAAAAUCUAGGGCUAGCGGAAAUCGGAAGUAAGAAUGCACUGCAACAAUCAAAAUGACUGAAGCAAGUUUAGCCUUUAUGCCCCAGAGAGAUGGAUUAUAAAGGGGAGAAAGUUUUGCUACAGCUAUACAAAGCCCUGGUUAGAUCCAGUUCUGGAAUACUGUGUACAGUUCUGGGCAUUGCACAUUGGAAAUGAUAUAUUAACCAAGGAAAGAGGUGCAGCACAGAUUCACCAGAGUGUUACCAGUACUCCAAGGAUUAGAUUAUGAAAUGGACUGACAUAAAUUAGGCUGGUAUCCCCUGGAAGGUACAUGGUUAUGGGGUGAUUUGAUUGAGGUUUUUAGGAUUUUGAAAGGCAUUGUUCGUGUGGAAGAUAGAAACUUUUUUUGCUGGGGAAGGAGUCUAGGACACAGUCUUAAAGUCAGAGCCAGUCCAUUCAGGAGAGAACAAAAUAAGAACCUAAAAAAUAGGAGCAGGAUUAGGCCAUUCAGCCCUUCAAGUCUGCUCCACCAUUCAAUAAAAUGAUGGCUGAUUGUGGCCUUCACUCUACUUUCCUGUCUGCCCCCAUAACACUUGACUCCCCGGUUAAUCAAAAAUCUGUCUAACUCAGCCUUGUAUGUAUUCAAUGACCCAGCCCUCACUGCUUACUGGGGAAAUGAAUCCCAAAGACUAAUGACUCUCUGAGAGAAAAAAAUUCUCCUCAUCUCCAUCUUAAAUGGGAGACCCCUUAUUCUUAAACUGUAUCCCUAGUUCUAGAUUCCCCACAAGAGGAAACAUUCUCUCAGCCUGUAUCCCAGCAAGCCCCCUCAGAAGUUAUAUGUUUCAAUAAGUUCACCUCUCAUUCUUCCAAAUUCCAAUGGCAAAACCCUUCAUCCCAGUAAUUAGCCUAGUGAACCUUC